UACCGUCAAAAUACGAAAAGUUUGGCCUCGAAAAUGUUUAUACCUGCUAAGUAUAAGAUAUGAAUUGCCCUAAUUAUGAAACGCAAACAUUCAUCGGCGUCUUCACAGAAAGGAUGUCAGAUAAUAUCAAAGUUCUUUAAAACAUCAGAGAGCCAAGAUAUCCAUGAUGCUGCCAGACUGAAAGAAGCUGCCGAUUCCACAGUCUCACAACCAAAAAGCCUUGUGGCCCCAGUUCUUCAUAAACUGACCAAAUUAAGGGAAACCCUAAUCAAGAAAACUACUUUUAGAAGCACAAAGACUGAUGAUGACAGACACGAAAAUAAUAUGAACAAUAAUAGUGCAUUAGAUAAGCAAAGCGAAUCAGGUAAUUCUUCAAACUGCAAGUCAAGUGUCGACGAAGGUGGUGUUUUGCCACAGAGUAUCAAACAAGAUAGUGUGGAAAGUGCUGGUGUUGUUGCAGGAAAUGUCACUUCUCCAAGAAAUACAAGCCUUUCUGAUUUUAGUUCACAUAAGAAUGGUGCACUUGGAACAAGUGAACAAUAUGAUUCAUUGAACAGUGAAGUGUUUGUCAAUGACCAAAAUCAUUCAACUAAUAAACAGUUUAUGGAACAUAAUACAGUCAAGAACAAUGAUAUAGAAUAUCAAGAAGGUAAUAAUAUUGAACAUUCAAUUGAAGCACCAUUGAUGGAUGAGUUAAUGGUUACCGAUAGCGAUGGAAGUCUUUUGGAUAGGAAUACUGAAGAAAAUCUUGCUGAUGAUGAAGAAGAUUCAGAAAUGAUCUCAGAGGAUGAUGAAAGUCCAAUUAAACAACAACUUUUUCAAGUGUCUAGUAGACUAUCAAAUAUAGCUCACAGUACUGAAACCUUAUUAGAUCCUGUUGCUCCAAAACAUGACCCAGAAGACAUUGUACCUCAAAAAACCUUUAGUCAACAUGACAAUGAUUUAGCUCCGGCAUGCUCUUCUCAGAUAGGAGACAAAAACUUUGAUGAUAGUGAUUCAGAUUCUGACGACGAUUUACUUACUCCGCCAUCUUUCUUAUAUGAAAACAAAUUGAAGGUACAACAACUAUUGUGUACACCAGAGAAGUUAACAACUCCUCAAGGUGCUAGUCCACUGUGUUCUCCUAUCAAGCCUGCAAGAGAUAUGAAGAAAGAAGUGGAGGACAAGAAGUAUAAGUUUUCUUUGCAAAAAAUGCUGAAUAAGAGUAAGAAAACAGAGGCUAAGGACGCUAAGUUAUCUGAAAUGCAGGCUGAUUUAGAGGCUGGUAUCAAGAAAGGUGGAGUCAAGACCAUGACAAGUACGAUAAGUGAAGAUGAAACAGACACUGAUGUUGAUGAUGGCAAAGACCUUAGCAAGUGCAAUCUACCAGAAGAAGUAUCAAAGCAUCUAGUUAAAGUCACAAACUUUUCUGAGAAACUUAUUGGAGAAGACAUCUUUCCUGAAUUUCACAACUCCAUAUUUGACCAAGAACUACCUUUCUUAAACUUCCCUGAUCCAGUUCAUAAUGACAAGUUUCUAGAGAAUCUCAUCUCAUCCAAGCCUAGUGCAGUAAAAGAGGUUAUUUGUGGUCAGUGGUUUCUACAGUAUUAUCUCAAGAGGCCUUGCCCUGCACCAUUGGCUGAGUGGAUUUUUAACAUAAUGUGUGUCUAUCCUGAUGUAUACCUUAGUACUCAUUGUUUUAAGGCCCUGUGGGCGUUAUUGAGAGCUGGCUAUCAGGUACAAAAUGGAAUUCCCAAAGGCAUCCGUGGUAUUUCAAAUUGGAUACCAACUACAAGCAGUAUCAUCUACGUCCUACAAUUCUACGGUGCUACACUAGAGACACUUAACUUCAACAAACAAUUAUCCUCCCCCCAAAAAACAGACACCACUGUCAAAAAAGAAACCAAAACUUCAAAGCUGUCUACUUGUCAACCUUCUCAGCUUUGUUUUUAUAUUCGACAACUUGUUCAGAUAGUAACACACGCAGUACACUAUGGAUCUUACAUGGAGAAUGAUCUUCCUAUUUUACUGGGUAUUAUGUGUAGGUUAUCACUUGAUUUAAGACUACAGGAGCUUUUGUUUGACCUAGGGAUAUGUAUAUCUGAGAUUCUGAACUGUUUUGGGAGUGCUCAGUGGGAGGAGCAGAUUGAAACAUUACCAUCAGUACUUGCAUUGAUAAGCACCAACCACAGAAAUCUCUUACACGUUAUUCAAAUCUUACCCCCCUCCCCCAGGGGGUCACGACUACGACAACUGACAUGCAUAGUGCUACUGAAAUUCUUUAUUGAAGAAUUAUUGAAUUCAGGGAAUGAAACUAAAAAUGCCAUUUCAAGGACAGAACAACUCCAGAACUUAUGCAAGAACGUUACAUUUGAGUUAAGUCAGCUGUCUGCUCUUGUGGAGCAAAUCAAACCAAAGAAAAUUCCCAAUUGUGAUAAUUAUCUUCUUCACACCAUUAUUUUCCUGGUCGACCUUGCUGUUGGAUCAGAGGAUUAUCCAUCUUCAGACAGGCCCAAACUGAAAACGUUAGCCAGUAAACUUAGCAGUUUGAAUGGUGAGAUCAAAGACCCAAGAGCUAAGUUCUUGGACAGAACUAAAGUGAAAGAUCUGAUAGUCAGAACGGUUCAUAGAAUCACUUGUCUUGUAGGCACUAUUAAACCUUCAAAAGAGAAACAGCUCACUGAGUACUUUGAAGUGAACAACUCCAGUUACACCAUUGAGUCCCUAAAAGACUCUGAAUUACCAAGCUGUGAAGAGGACAAUUCUUCAAGCAACUCAUCUAGCAGAGGACCCAGUCCUACUCCUUUAGCUGAUGAUUUGAGUGACAAGGAUGACGAGACAAUAUGAUUUUGAUGAAUAGUAGACAUUAAUGAGCAAUAUUGCAUGUUUUGAGUAUUUUCUUUUGAUGUCAGUGAAUUUUUUUAUCUACAGUGUACAUCAGCUUGAUGGUUGUAUUCAAAUGACUGAAAAGUUAGUCAUGUAUAGUAUCUUCAACCAAGUCCACUUUCAGGAACAUGUACAUUUUCAAAUCACAUUUUCAGCAAAAUGUGCGACAAUUAAGUUACGGCAAAAUUGAAGUACAUGUUAACAGAUUUUUAGGUGAUUGUUUGUUACUAUGGAUACACGAAUCUGAAGUACUUUGAUUGCUUAUAAAACAAGAGAUUAGAAAUUUAAUUUUGUUUUGUUUUCCCCUGGUUUGCGUAAAUGCAACAUAUUGAGAAACUGUGUAAAUACAACUUUUGAUAUAAAUUUGCAAAAAUUUAUUGAAGACAUCAGUCGAUAAUACUAGUAGUAAUAUUAUGGAUUUAGUAUACCCAAGAGUAACUUCAACAUAAAAAUACAAAAAACAACAACAACAACAAACAAAACAAGAACAAGAACAACAACACACACACAAAAAAAAACAAGGACAGUGUUGUUGUUUUCAUAUUAUUUAAUAUGAAAACACUGCACUAACAAAUUGUUAUGGUUUCACGAUGAUUUUAAUUG